GUCUGCCCUCAUCUGUAACGGCGCCUCAUCAGAGCUAUGGCACUCGUCUAGCCGAGCACUGAGGGCCCUCAUCUCCUCCAGGACUAACACAUGGAAACAGUCACAUUCAGGCAGGAUGGGCUCCAGACUGAAACAAAACCCCGAGCGAACUUUCAACUGGUUCUUUGAAGCAACAUGCCCUGUAGCCACAGACAAAGAUCCUGGAGUAAAGUUUCAGUUUCCAGAAGACUUCAGGGACGAGGAAUCCAGUCAAACUUUGCCCAGGUUCUGCUUCCCAUAUGACAUCCAAAGACAGAGGGAUGGGGUGGCCGUGCAGCACUUUACUUUUGUUUUGACUGACCUUGAGGGAUGCCAGCGCUUUGGUUUCUGUCGCCUCACCAACAGCACACAGACGUGCCUUUGCAUUCUCAGUUAUCUCCCGUGGUUCGAGGUGUUCUACAAACUUCUCAACAAUUUGGCCGACUACCUCUCUAAAGGACAGAUCAAUGAGAUCAAAGCGCUCCUGGCGACGCUCUACAAGCAGUCCAUACCGCUGGCUUCCGGAUCUGUCACCCUGCAGAUGGGAGAGCAGCUUUUGGUGAGCACUGAGGUGUCCCGUUCUGUUGGACACACAAAGGGACCAGAGGGGAUUCCAUAUUUUAUUGCUCCAGAUCCAAAGAGUCUUCCUUCUAUUCCUGAAAAUAGAAACCUGACUGAGCUGAUCGUAGCAGUAGAUGUCGGGAAUCUCCUUCAGCUCUAUGCCAGCAUGCUGUUCGAGAGGCGGAUCCUCAUCUUCGCCAGCAAACUCAGCACCCUAACAUCUUGCGUACAUGCAGUCAGUGCUGUUCUAUACCCGAUGUACUGGCAGCACAUCUUCAUACCUGUCCUGCCACCACAUCUACUCGACUACUGCUGUGCGCCCAUGCCUUAUCUGAUUGGAGUCCACACCACUCUUUCGGAGAGGGUGAGGAGUCGUGGGUUGGAGGAAGUGGUUAUUCUGAACGUUGACACAAACACUCUGGAAACCCCCUUUGAUGACCUUAAGAAGAUACCUGCAGAUGUGAUGUCGGGCCUGAAGGUCUGUUUAAAGCGACAGGCGGUGUCUCCUGGCUGUGGUGUUUCUCGAGCUUUCCUGAAGGCUCAAGCUCUGCUGUUUGGAGGCUACAGGGACGCCCUGCAGGGAGAAAAGGAAGGUGACAUUUAUUUCUGUGAAGAGCUUUUUUUGGAUCACAAGUCUACCAGUAUGAAGCAGUUCCUGCAAAGCGCCAUUCAUUCGCAAUUCUUCAAACAGUUCAUCGAUGAUCGCUUGGAUGUUCUUAACAAAGGGAAAAGACCAGAUGACCUUUUUGAGGAAGAGAUAACAAAGUGCGAAACAACAGCAGGAAGAGGCAAAUCUUAUCAGCAGUUAGUUGGCAAUUUAAAGAAAGGGGGCGGCGCUCUAAUCCUGAACAUGAAGACCAAAGCAAAUAUGAAGACUAAAGGUCUUACCAAAUCCGGUUUGAAAAACUUACUGAUUCACAAGGUCCACCAUGAGGAUCACAACCUCCAGAGGGGCGGAUCGAUGUCACACCGCCGCGUCCAGUCUGACAGCUUACAGAACCGCCUGCCGAUCACACAACACUUUGGGAAAUCGCGACCUCGCCGACCUGCUCAGAAAAUCAGAGACAGGGAAAUCACAAGGGACACCGGAAAUCUCUGGGACAGUGAGGAGAACUCGAGGCUCGCUGGACAGCCUGACUCCGAGACUCUGAAGGAAGAAGAAGACGAAGAUGAUUCGCCGUUAUGUGACUCAGAAGAGAUGGAUCUCCUCGGGGAGAUCUUUGACACUCUUAGCUCGCGCAGCUCCCACGACCGAGGCCUGUUGUAUGGCACUCGCAGCCUGGAUUUGUUUGGACCAGACAGCCAUGACUAUAUCAUUAAGCGUGGUCCAGGCAACCCCAGCCAGGAGAGCCUGUCUCUGUCCAUCAGCGGCAGCGGCAGCCUGCACAGCUGGAAUCUGGAGACCACAGAGGAGCUUUCAGACCGGACAGAGGACUCGGACUGGCACGGCCUGGACACCAGCUUGCCGGAGGAGGAGGGAGCAGAAUGUCUCCGGGUGGCGAGUGAGGUCACCGAGCACGAAGCGAAACAAAGGGAGGUCAGAGAAAAACGGAGGGAAACUGAUGGAGAAAUAAAUGAGAAGCAGGAAACAACCAACAGCGAUAACUUUGAGGAAGUGAAGAUGGAAGAGGAGCAAAGUAAAGGAGAUCACGAAAACAUAGCAAGCUUUGGGGAAAACCCGCAAGAAAUGACUGAAGGAAAAGAAGAUGAAAGAAUAAAGGACGAAAGGAAAGAUGAAGGAAUUCAGAGCGAGGAGGCAGCUGUGUUACAAGAGGAAGAAGGGAAAACGAAUAACAUGCAAGAAAAUGAGACAAAAGAAGAAAUGACAGAAACUCAGAAGGAUACAAAUAAUGAUUCUACAGAAACAUUGAACUUAAAGUGUGUAAACAGAGAAGAUCCGCUGUUGAAUUCGGUGGAAAAGCCGCAGCGUGACGCUACAGUCCCACCAGAGCCUGAUGAUGUUACUGCUGAGUCCAAACCGCCUCCAUCUGAGGAGAAAGAGAGUGAUGAAACCCCAAAGAAGGAGGAGCAGGGGCCCCGCGUGACCUCACCUCCUCCCAAAGUGCUUUCCGCUGUAGCACGCUUCCAGUGUCAGUCAUACAGCCAGCAGGGUUUUCAGUUCAAGUCCAUUCCUAAGAACUCUGCUGAGCCUGCACUGCGAUGCAGGGAAAAGGUACAGACUCCGUGUGACUUGGACACUAACAAAAACGCAGAGGCGUCCGAGGAAGAAGACCGCCCUCCAGUCAAAGUGUCUGAACUGAAGAAGAGAUUUGAAGCUUGAUGUAACGUCUCAGUUUUCACUGGUUGAAGGAAAUAGGAAACCGUAAAUAUUUUUGGUUUUAGAAAGGGCUCAGGAUCAAACUAAAGCGUCAUUAUUAACUCUGAAGGAAAAAGAAAUGUUAUUUAUGGCAUUCAUUGAACUCUCUCAGGUUGGAAGUUGCUGGUUCCAGCGGUUGCUAGGAUCUCCGUCCCCAUUGCUUCUGUUUUCCAUUUCUUUUUUAAAUUGUGUGAACAUUUAGGGGAAUGAAAAUCCAUCACCUCAUCUUUUCCGAGCAACAUAAAUUGACACGUUUUAAGUUUUAAAGUCAUAUACCAGACGGGCUAAAGCAGUGGUUCUUCAUCCUGUUCCUCAGCGCUUGCUGUCCCUGUUCCCACAUCCAUCCUAAUCUGCUUAAUCUGGGAUUGGAUUGCCAGGGGCAGAAACCUAAACAGAGAAGUACAAGGUGCUCCAUGGUCAUCUGAGAAACAUUUAGUCCUGGGUGUUCCUCAGGGUCUCCUCCUGGUGCCCAGAACAUCUCACCGGGGAGGCGAGGAGGUAAGGCUGUAAUUUGAAUCAGGUGUGCCAAAUAAGACGCGUCUAGAACAUGGAGGACAGUGUGGAUCAGGAUUGAGAACCACUGGGCUGAAGGGACCGCUUGGAUUUUUUGAGUCAAGUUCUGUGAACUUUUUAGCAAACAUUUCCUUCCCUGUAAAAAGACAUGAUAGAUUAACAGUAGAACCAAUCAGCCGUGUCCCCUAAGUGGGUUAGAGGAAGGAUGUGACUGAAAGUCUGCGAUAGAGUCUGCAUGGCUCUAUAGCAGAGUUUAACGUUUUGAAUUUAAAUUAUAUGGAAACUAAAGAGGAAAAAAAAAAAAUCUGGCUUUCAAGAAGUUUUCCCAGCCUUUUCCACCACAUGUACCAGUGAAUGAUCAUCAGCCUGAUUGGAUAAACUGUAACUUUAAGAUGUUGCUUUCAGAGCGUUUGUGGCCUGGAAAAAAAAGACUUAUUUGGAUUUUUAAAACUUAUUGUGAGAAUUGGUGUUACUGCAACAUCACUCAGCAGAGAAAAGUCAAACUUAAGUCUUUUGUGCAAAUGUUGACUAUUAAUAUACUGCAUUGUAACCUGCAUACACGAUUCCAUCCAAUCGUUUUAUUACAGGUAAGGAAACUAUUAGUGAUAAUGGCACAAGAACCGCAAGUCAAUAUAGCAAAAAAAAAAAAAAAGAACCUAUCCCUUUAAAAGCACUGCUUUCUAUUUUUUAACUUAAAUGUGAAAAUACCAUUUAUUAUAAACACAUAAAGUGUAUUUAGAUUUGUUGAACAUUAGUUUGUUUCCUGCACAAACUGACAUUUUGAAAAAUGACCUUUGCAGUUUUGUGGACUGUUCUCUCAGAAUGUGAAUAAAUAGCUUUAACAAA